CGGAGCUCCCGAUUCUCUUCUAUCCCGCUAUUGGAAGCCUCCAAUCCCUAACUCGUUCCUUGCGCUCGCUGGACAGGCCAACUGCGCGCUCGGCAGCGCCGUGCAGCGAUCGCUCUUGCGUAACUGCAGAAGAGUUUUUUUUACUAAAUGGGGAGCUGCAAGAGGAGACGAUCAGAAUGCAAUGGGCUGAGGGGACCUUUACUCAACUCGUGGGCAUGGCGAGGGCGGAAAAUAAAUUGAACAGAGCACUUGUCACCUCUUGGUGUCCCGAUAAUUCCUCUCAUCUUGUCCAUUACAGUCCCAGUUGAAUGCGAAUGAUGGCGCCCGCAAGAACGCUUCCAGUGCCCGACCUGAUCCAAGAAGAUGCCACUGACUCGAGAAGUUUCCGAGUCGAGCAGCUAUCCUCAGAUCUGGCAGUAUGUGGUGGAGGACUAUCAGGUGUCUGCACAGCAAUCGCAGCAGCACGUCAAGGAGUCAUCGUCACGUUACUUCAAGAUCGACCAGUCUUAGGUGGAAAUGCUUCUUCCGAGGUACGGCUGUGGAUUCUCGGCGCGACUUCGCACAUGUUCAAUAACAAUCGCUACGCUCGUGAGGGAUUUGUUGUCGAUGAGAUACUAACAGAAAACCUCCACCGAAACCCUGAAGGAAAUCCACUUAUUCUGGACACUAUCCUCUUGGAAAAAGUCAUCGAGGAGAAGAAUAUCACCUUGCUUCUAAACACGGCGCUUGUGUCUUGUGAAAAAGCAAAUACUCAUCGAAUUCGAUCUGUUCAAGCAUUUAACUCGCAGACGUCGACUUCUUUCCAGAUCAAUGCGUCCUUCUUUGUUGAUGCGACGGGGGAUGGCGCACUGUCGUUUCUGGCUGGUGCACCCUUCAGAAUCGGGGCAGAACAAAAGGAUGAAUUUAAAGAAUUGUUUGCCCCUGACUCCGAAUAUGGCCAUCUUCUUGGCCACUCGAUCUAUUUCUACUCCAAGGAUACCGGCCAUCCCGUGAAAUUCACAGCUCCGAGCUAUGCCCUUAAGAACCUAGAGGAUGAGAUUCCACGAUAUAAAACAUUUUCUGUGAAGGAAAUGGGUUGCCAACUCUGGUGGAUCGAAUACGGCGGAAGACUUGAUACUAUCCACGACACGGAAAAAAUUAAAUGGGAACUGUGGAGAGUAGUCUAUGGAGUAUGGGAUUACUUCAAGAAUUCUGGCAAGUUCCCCGAUGCCAAAAACCUUACCUUAGAAUGGGUUGGCACCAUUCCCGGAAAAAGAGAGUCUCGACGAUUCAUCGGCCCUUAUAUGCUCAAACAGCAAGACAUCAUCGAGCAACGAUUUCAUCAUGACGCCGUUUCCUAUGGGGGAUGGUCAAUCGAUCUUCAUCCAGCUGAUGGCGUCUUUUCUGAAAUCGCCGGUUGUACACAAUGGCAUUCAAAGGGAGUUUAUCAGAUUCCGUUCUCCACAAUGAUCUGCUCACAGGUAGAAAACUUAUUGUAUGGAGGACGCAUCAUCUCUGCCACUCACGUCGCAUUUGGCUCAUCCCGCGUUAUGGCCACUUGUGGUAAUAAUGGGAAUGCAUUGGGUACCGCGGUGGCUUUGUGCAAGACACUGAAUAUUCGUCCCAUUGAUCUGUUAGCCAAAAGGAAUAUGGAGUUGCUGCAGCUAGAGCUAAUGCGGAGAGGCCAAUUUAUCCCUGGGUACAAACUCAAUGAUCCUAUGGAUCUGGUGCGAUCGACGGUCAAGCUAGAAAGCCAAUGCUCGUCAUUUGUUCUGGAUAGUUUGCCCGACAACGGACCAUCUAAGGUUCUCACCAGAAGUUUGGCACAGAUGUGUCCCUUACGGAAAGGCCGAUUUCCAGCCUUUAGUAUCAUUGUCGAGGCCGUCGAGGAGACCACCUUGAAAGUACAGGUUCGGGGAUCCAUUAAGCCAUACAACUAUACCCCUGAGGUUAUUCUGGGAGAAAAGUCUAUCGACUUACAGCCCGGUGAACAAAUUCUGAGCCUGGACUUUGAAGCAGAGAACCCACAGGAUCAGUACAUCUUCCUGUGUCUGCUUGAAAACGAGGCGGUUGCUGUCCAUACAACUCUUACUCGUGUAUCUGCUCUGAUGACUGUAGAACAUGAGUGUACACAAAAGCCUCCAAAUGGCAUCGGCGUUGAUACUUUCGAAAGGUGGACCCCCAUUCGUCGACCAAUGGGGCAUAACCUUGCUUUGACAGUGAAUCCUCAUGUCGAUGCAUGGGCUUUGGCUAACAUUUGUAACGGUGUUUCCCGUCCGACCAAAGCGGCCAACUGCUGGGUGCCUAUCCGUGCUGAAGGACAGAGAAGACUUAUCAAGUUGGGAUGGGCAACCCCGCAAUCUAUUGGAAGAGUAGUAUUGGGCUUUGAUACUGAUUUCGAUCAUGCAAUGGAAUCCGUAUUGCGAGGCCAUCCGGAGGCUAAUAUUCCCUUUUGCGUGAAAUCAUGGCGGCUAUUGGACCUUUCCACGACCGACGAGGUUACAUUAUACGAAGAGAGUAAUAAUCACUUGGCACGCCGUGAGGUUUUAUUAGCUAGAAAGGUGACUACCGAUGCCCUCGGGUUGGAGAUCCUGGAAAUCCACGGAGAAAACGAGCAUGUAUAUGGGGGUGUUUUUGAAAUUAGAGCAUAUGAAGAAUGAUCCUCACAUACAUUAAAUUUAUUUCUCGCCGUGCGUUACUUGAUAUACACAUGUACACGGAUCUUUUAGCCAUUCAUAGAUUUCCGAUUACUCUUUGCCAGUAGAAUCGACCGGCUGUUGGAUUAUUUUAACAGAUAGUUUUCUAGGCAAACACCAUCUCUUUAUCUGCCAUUGAAAGCCCUUUC